AUGGUUAUAUGGUAUAAAAUAAUGAGUAAACAAACCUCAUCGGACGCAUGUUUGAUUUGCGGUGAUGUCGCUCAAGGUUAUAAUUUUUACACCCUGUCGUGUCAUUCUUGUAAAGCAUUUUUUCGUCGAAACCUCAAACAAGAACAUAAGGAUUCUGAUAAAUACAAAGAACUCAAAAUGAGAAAAAUAAGUCUCAAUCAUAACACGACUGAUAUUCAACAAGGCUAUAAAAGUAAUAUAAGUAAAAUUACUUUGACCACAUGUAUGGCCGACAGCACUACACAAAACCAUCACAAUAUAAAUAAUAAAACUAUUUGUAUCAACACUUGUGUCACUGUAAUUGACGGUAACGAUGAAGUACCGACUUUUAUACCUCGACCGAUUACCGAUUACCUAAACACGUUCAACGAAAGGGAGGCCAAUAAAUUGAACGAGUUGAUGUCUGCCACAGUCGUAUUCACUGACAAUCUAGAUGGCACCAAAACUAAACCCUUUACGCGCCAGGAAUUUAAUAGAUACAUGGUUAGAAAGGAAGAUGGAAAUACCAAAGUUGUGAGCAUUGAGUCAACUAAACUGUUGCCAAACAACGCUUACAUAUUUUACCGGCAAUUCUUUAAUGAUAUUUCUCAGGAAUGGGAAUCCGACCCAAUAAUUCUUGAUCUUUUAACGGCUAUUAUUUUAUUUAAUCCGGAUCGGCCAAAACUUAUUUCAACAACACAUAUACCUGACCCGGGCAACCAUGUCCACUUCAUUAUUACGCACGUCGGGGGCCACAAAUGCCACCAGCCUUUUGGACAGCCUGUUAUUGGCGUCAACCCGAUUUUGUUGGCCCGAAUCGGCGGUCAGGUGUGGCCACGCGAUGGCAAUGGCGUACUCAAUAAGUGA